CCUUUUCCGCCCACUCCCCCCUCCCCCCGAGCGCCGCUCCGGCAGCACCGCGCUCGCUCUGAGCUCCGUGCUCCUAAGCUAGUGCCACCGUUGUCUCCCUCCAGUCGCCAUCAUGAUCAUCUACCGGGACCUCAUCAGCCAUGAUGAGAUGUUCUCCGACAUCUACAAGAUCCGGGAGGUUGCCGACGGGCUGUGUCUGGAGGUGGAGGGGAAGAUGGUCAGUAGGACAGAGGGUAACAUUGAUGACUCGCUCAUUGGUGGAAAUGCCUCCGCUGAAGGCCCCGAGGGCGAAGGUACCAAAGGCACAGUAGUCACUGGUGUGGAUAUUGUCAUGAACCAUCACUUGCAGGAAACCAGCUUCACAAAAGAAGCCUACAAGAAGUACAUCAAAGAUUACAUAAAGUCAAUCAAAGGGAAGCUUGAAGAACAGAGACCAGAAAGAGUAAAACCUUUUAUGACAGGGGCUGCAGAACAAAUCGAGCAUAUCCUUGCUAAUUUCAAAAACUAUCAGUUCUUUAUUGGUGAAAACAUGAAUCCAGAUGGCAUGGUUGCUCUGCUGGACUACCGCGAGGAUGGUGUGACCCCGUAUAUGAUUUUCUUUAAGGAUGGUCUAGAAAUGGAAAAAUGUUAACAGAUUUGGCUGUUUGGAUCUGUCACCUGCUCGUCAUAACUGGCUGGCUGCUGCUGUUCAUCCACACGACACCAGGACUUAGACAAAUGGGACUGAUGGCAUCUUGAGCUCUUCGUUUUGAUGUUGAUUUGUUUGGAGCGGAGGCAUUGAUUUGAGGAAAAAAAAAAA